AUGAAUCCUUCUCACGGUGGCGACGGGAAGCAGCGACCGGCGAUGUAUCCGGAAAUUGAUCAAUCCACCCCUGAUAAUCCUUUUGCUCAGAUGAAUCCUCACGCCGCUCCUUCCCCUCAUCCCUAUCCUACUCUCUCCUCGCACAAUAUCGGGCACAAUCUAUUCGCAGACCACGGAGAUGCAUCAUCCAACGACCAUUCACCGUCUGCUCCACCGCAGGCGACGGAGGAGGUUCUCAUCCGUGUCCCCGGCGCCAUUCUCAACCUUAUCGACAAAUCCUACAGCGUGGAGCUCGCGUGCGGCGAUCUGACCAUCGUUCGAAUCGUCCAGGGUCAGAACAUCGUCGCCGUUCUGGCCAACGUCGCGGAUGAGAUUCAAUGGCCGCUGAUUAAGACGGAGGUGGCGACGAAGGUUGAUGGAUCGCACUAUUUCUUCUCAGUCCAUCCGCCGAAGGAAAAGGGUCACGGAUCUGGGUCCGAUUCAGACGAUGAGAAACAGGGGAAAAAGAGUAAUCCGAAAUCGGAGGAUGAAAUUCUCAAUUACGGAUUGACCAUUGCUUCGAAAGGGCAAGAGAACGUAUUGCUUGUGCUCGAUCAGGUUUUACGAGACUAUUGCUGUUUCACGGAGCAGAGAAUGUCUCAAAUGGCGAAGGAGACGGGAGAGGAGGUGCUGGGAAACUCCAUGGCUGCAGCGACUUCGCCGGAGGAGCUUAAGGGUGAGAGAAAAGACAUUGUGGAGGGUCAAUGUGCGGCGUACUGGACCACACUCGCGCCUAACAUCGAGGACUACAGUAGCAAGACUGCCAAAAUGAUAGCUUCGGGGUCGGGUCAGGUGAUCAAGGGGAUACUUUGGUGUGGGGAUGUCACCGUGGAGAGACUCAAGAGGGGCAAUGAGGUCAUGAAGAACAGGCUGAGUCGUGCUGAGAAGGAGAAGAACGUGAGCCCCGAGACAUUGAGGAGAAUCAAGCGGGUUAAGAGAGUGACACAAAUGACGGAGAAAGUGGCGACUGGUGUUCUUUCCGGUGUUGUCAAAGUCUCGGGAUAUAUCACAGGUUCAGUGGCAAACUCAAAAGCUGGAAAAAAGUUUCUUGGCCUCCUGCCUGGAGAGAUUCUUCUCGCAUCCCUCGAUGGAUUUAGCAAGAUCUGUGAUGCUGUUGAGGUAGCUGGGAAAAACGUCAUGUCGACUUCAUCAACUGUCACAACAGAACUCGUUGAUCACAAGUAUGGCACGAAAGCAGCAGAGGCUACGAACGAAGGGCUAGACGCAGCAGGACAUGCUUUUGGAACCGCAUGGGUUGCUUUUAAGAUCCGAAAGGCAUUCAACCCCAAAAGUGUCUUAAAGCCUUCCGCAUUGGCCAAGUCUGCUGUUGCUGAUUUGAAGGCUAAGAAAGCCUCCAAGUAA